AUACUUGAUAAAAAAAUAUGUUGAAGAAAAACAAUGCCCAAGUCGACAAACUCAAAACUUUUAGCUUCUUGUUUCUUUUAAACGCGCAACAGUUAUUGACUUAUGAAGUGUAUUUAACAAUGUAUUCGAACACAGGGAGCAACAUUUGAAAACCCCAGUUUGGGUAAAGUGUAGACGAAUCUCAUCUCAUCAUAAAAAAUGGUAACUUCAACAUCGCAGGAAGAAACCUAUGCUAGAGAAUCAUGCUUGAAGCUUGAAGUUGGAGAAUCAUCUUCUUCUAAAGAGUCUAUUUUUGUCAAGGGCACUUGGUUUCCUUCUCAUUUCUUUCUCCUCAUUACCAAUGGCGCUGAAGCUUGGCUUUGCAAUGCAUUAGAAGAGGAUGUGAAAGAAAGGGCAAGUCAAUGGGAUCAAUCCGAGUCAGAAUAUGUUAAAUUUGCAGAAAAGUAUUUAGGGUUUCAACAGCCUGAUUCUGUAUACCGUUUUUCUGAUGCUGGAAAUGGCUUUAGAAAGCUGUCAUGGACAUUUGAAAAGGAAGGGAUCAAACUGGAAUGGAGAUGGAGAUGUAAGCCAUCACCAAACUGUAAGAAAACUACUGCACAAGUCCUGGACUUUCUCAUGGACUCAAACAUCAACUUAAGUAUAAGGCUGCACUGCAAACCCACAUGUAAAAAUACAUGGAGUGUGAUGCUAUGUCUACCACUUAUUUGCAUAAUACUUGGCAUGCUUCAGGCAGAAUGGCGAUUAACAACCUGUGACAAUGGUAGAUUAUUAUGCUCACGUGUGGAUCAUGUUGAGUUGCUUUGCAUUUUUUUUCCUAUUCAUGACAAAGGCGUGGCAAAAAUACUUUUACCCAUUUGCGAAGGUAAAUACUAGUUAAACCAUGUUAGAAACUAGGAUGCUGAAAGCGUUUGUUGACCAAAUGGAAGACUUAAUGCUUAGUCUCCUCUAAUGACAUGGAGCAGGCGACUUAAUGCAAGCUGCUUACGUGCUUGCAUUUAGGAUGAAUACAGAAUACCAUACUCUGACUCGGGCCUUUUCCAUGCUGGCUACCUAAGCUGUAGUACUUUGUAAUCUUGGUUUAAGGAUUCAUGCCAUUUGAAGCUCUCAAGUACUUGGAGUUAAUUUUGGCCCAUUAGCCCUUGGAAACGACAAAAGUGUAUUCCUCAAGUUUUUGAGAUCAUAUCCAAUCAUACAAAUACAGCACAUCAUCAUAUUAUCCGAAUGCCACUAAAGGGGCUUUAUAUAAUUACGUGAUUUUCUUAUUGUGUGAAUUAUUAUAUAAAUUCAAGGCCUCAUCAUAUGUUGCGGUAAAAAUGCAUUACAACAUUAUAUACAGUGAUGUAUAUCAUUAUAAAAAUACAUUACUUGCCAAAAGAAAAUAUAUAAAUACAUUACAACAUUAUAUUUCACGGUCAAUGUAAUUUACGAAAAGUAAUGCAUACGUGUUAGUGUAAAUUAUUUUGCUUCUCGAGUAAUGCUGGUUUAUUGUGAAAAUGUUUUUUUGACAUUAUCGUUGUAAUGGGUGCUUGGGUAUUACUCAAAAGGAAUCUCAAGGAUUUUGACCGGAUCAACAUAUGAUCAUUGUAAUUGAACAUUACAGUCAGGACCUCUAAUGAUGAACACCCUUAAGAGUUGAGACUGAGAAGUAUACAAAAGGAAUCUCUAAUAAUAUAAAACAGCUAAAAUGAUCUCGGGAUUUCAGCCAGGAUCAACAUAUGAUCAUUGUUAUUGAACAUUUCACUGGAUCUAAUCAAGUAGUAAAGCUAUGCAAAGUAUUUAUGAUUUUUGUAUUUCACUGUGUAAUUUGGAUUGCUUGAGAAAUGGGAAGCGACUUUCUAAAUUCCGACCUGAAGUUAAACAAAGUUCAGAAAAAAUUUAUUUGCAUGUGAAUUAUCUACACAUUUCUUUCUCGUGUGUUUUCUUUUUUUUUUUUGUUUUUUUUUUGCUAUUGGGCACAGAGCAUUUCCAUAAAAUCUUUUU